AUGCUGGAUCUGAUCCUUCCCAAUUCUGGCAACCCCUUUGAUAUUUCCAACAUGCAACUACAAAUUGAGGCAUACAUCACAAGAAAGGAGGAUCAUAUACUGGAAAGCCAAAUUCACCUUCAACAUAUAUGGUUCAAGCCCAAGGCAACAGAUGCACCCAUAUCUGCCAUUUUAGGUCCUAACAGUUGGCUUUGGCUUUGUGCUAUAAUCUCAUCCUCGUUCAUUAUUUUCCUUAUCCUAAUUGGGAUCAUUACACGAUACAUCAUUUUACCUGUGGACCAUAGUUCGAAUAAAAUAUUUUCACAACCUUUGGCGUCAUUCCUCAUGAUGUUAGCAAUAUGUGUGUCCAUAGCAAUGGCUGCUAGUGGAGCUGUUCUUUGGAACAAGAAACACAAUGAUAAAGAAGCAAAGCAGAUUCAGAACUUAGAAGGGUCAUCAUCAGCAGAACCCCCAAAGUUGAAUAUUGAUGAAGGAAGUAAAGAACUGGAAAGCCAACAAUACCAAUCCCUUGUGCAAGCUACAAAAGUGCAUUUUGGUGAAAGACCCGACCUGAGAAGUAAGUCAUUUACCAAUUACUUCAAGGGUAAAUGCGUUUUAGAACUCCUAAAAUUUAGUCGGAAAUAG